GAGUGCGAUAUUUGUGGCGAAAAUAAUUAGACGUUUCGCACAUUUGUCGCUAAAAUAUGUGUCAUUAACGCAUCGAUUGAUUAGUCGCCAAAAGUGUCGCUGAAAAUAAUACCACAAAUUAUUCGUACAUUUAAUGACAAAUCGUGACAUCAAUUAGCGAAUCGAUAGCUAAUAGCGAGCGAACUCUCGUGUCGUCGUCCGAGGUAUUCAUCGCGAGAUAUACGGGACGCGAGGAACGGGAGGCACUGGCGGUCGUGGGGACUGGCAGCUAACACACAACCGGGCGACUCGACGGUCAGAUAUAUGUGAUUAUUGAUGCAAAAGAGUAGAAUAUCGGCAGUGAAUCGUUUGGACAACUGCUAUGACUCGAGGGGUUCGCUCACCGACGACAUCACCAGUCAGUGCCAUCACCAGCAGAGGAGGAUGGCUGUGAUGUCCGAGAUCGAGGAACAGGAGAGGAAGAUUGUCAACGAGUUCUGCCACUUCCUCGAAAAGUCCAAACAGCUAUUCAAUGGGCUCAGGGAUUUGCCUCAAUAUGGUCACAAGCAAUGGCAGCCCUACUUCGGCCGUACGUUCGACGUCUAUACGAAACUCUGGAAGUUUCAGCAGCAGCACAGACAAGUAUUAGACGCGAAGUACGGCCUCAAGAGGUGGCAAAUCGGCGAAAUCGCCUCAAAGAUCGGACAACUAUACUAUCAUUACUAG